GCGGCGGCGGAGCGCGCGGUGGGUGGCGGCUCCGGUGGCGGCUCCGGUGGCGGGGCCGCGGCCCCGGUGCUUGUCCCGGCCUCAGACAGUAGUCUCAUGAAAAAUCGGUGACAUCAGAGCAAUUGGUAGAGUUGAGGGCAUUUUCUUCUACAAAGAACGCAAAUAAGCCUAGUGUGACCUUCAAUGCUUUUGUCCAUGAAACCUCCUAGAGAAGAUGGCUGACGUAAGCCUGAAGGAAGCAGCACUAAUCGUUUGUGUGGUGGCAGCCUGCUACUGGAACAGUCUCUUUUGUGGGUUUGUUUUUGAUGAUGUUUCAGCAAUUUUGGACAAUAAAGAUUUGCAUCCUUCUACUCCUCUAAGAAAUCUGUUUCAGAAUGACUUCUGGGGCACUCCAAUGUCUGAGGAGAGGAGUCAUAAAUCUUAUCGUCCCCUCACAGUUCUAACAUUCCGUUUAAACUACUUGUUCAGCGAGUUAAAUGCAGUUUCAUACCACUUUCUAAACCUGGUCUUUCAUGUGGUGGUUUGCAUAGUCUUCCUCAAGGUCUGUAAGCUCUUCCUGGACAACAGGAGCAGUGUAGUUGCAUCCUUGCUCUUUGCAGUGCACCCAAUACAUACUGAAGCGGUAACUGGAGUUGUGGGCAGAGCAGAGCUUUUGUCAUCUAUUUUUUUCCUAGCUGCUUUUUUGUCAUACACAAAGUCUAAAGGGCCAGAUAAUACCAUAGUGUGGACUCCAAUUGCAGUGACUGUAUUUCUAGUAGCUGUUGCAACACUGUGUAAAGAACAGGGAAUAACUGUGGUGGGGAUAUGCUGUGUGUAUGAAGUCUUUAUUGCUCAAGGGUACACCUUGCCAGCAUUAUUGGACACAGCUGUACAGAUUCUUCGAGGGAAGGGCAGUAUUCCUUUCUCUAUGCUCCAAACACUAUUGAAGCUCAUAGUCCUAAUGUUCAGUACACUCCUGCUUGUAGUUGUCAGAGUCCAGGUUAUCCAGUCUCAGCUUCCAGUGUUUACAAGGUUUGAUAACCCAGCUGCUGUUAGUCCAUCCCCAGCAAGACAACUGACUUUCAACUACCUCCUCCCUGUAAAUGCUUGGCUUCUUCUCAAUCCUUCAGAAUUAUGCUGUGACUGGACAAUGGGAACUAUUCCUCUUGUGGAGUCUUUGUUAGAUGUUAGAAAUGUUGCCACCCUUACUUUCUUUUGCUUUCUGGGAUCUUUGAUGGUCUUCAGUCUUCGAUACCCUGGGGAUUCCUCCAAGACAGUAUUGAUGGCACUCUGCUUAAUAGUGCUGCCGUUCAUUCCUGCAUCAAACCUGUUUUUUCCUGUUGGGUUCGUAGUAGCAGAACGGGUGUUAUAUGUUCCUAGCAUGGGAUUCUGCAUUUUGGUAGCACAUGGAUGGAAGAAAUUAUCAAAUAAAAGUGUGCUGAGAAAAAUUUCUUGGGUUUGUUUGGCUGCGGUGCUAUUCACUCAUGCCUUAAAAACACUGCACAGAAACUGGGAUUGGGAGUCGGAGUACACUUUGUUUAUGUCCGCUUUAAAGGUAAAUAAGAACAAUGCAAAACUAUGGAACAAUGUGGGGCAUGCAUUGGAAAAUGAAAAAAAUUUUGAAAGAGCUCUGCAGUUUUUCAUACAGGCCACACAAGUGCAACCAGAUGAUAUUGGUGCCCACAUGAAUGUAGGAAGAACUUACAAGAACCUAAACAAAACAAAAGAAGCUGAAGAAUCAUAUAUGAUUGCUAAAUCAUUGAUGCCACAGAUUAUUCCAGGGAAGAAGUAUGCAGCAAGAGUUGCUCCCAACCAUCUAAAUGUUUAUAUCAAUCUUGCAAACUUAAUUCGAGCCAACGAAUCUCGCCUUGAAGAAGCGGAUCAGUUAUAUCGCCAGGCAAUUAGUAUGAGGCCGGAUUUCAAGCAGGCUUACAUCAGCAGGGGAGAAUUACUUUUAAAAAUGAACAAACCUCUGAAAGCCAAGGAAGCUUACCUCAGAGCUCUAGAACUAGACAGAACCAAUGCAGACCUGUGGUACAACUUGGCAAUCGUUUACAUUGAACUGAAAGAUCCAACAGAAGCUCUGAAGAAUUUCAACCAAGCACUAGAACUCAACCCAACGCAUAAACUGGCAUUAUUCAACUCAGCGCUGCUAAUGCAGGAAUCUGGUGAUGCACGACUUAGACCUGAAGCUAAACAAAGACUGCUGCAUUAUGUGAAAGAAGAACCUCAAGAUUCAAAUGGAUACUUCAAUUUGGGUAUGCUAGCAAUGGAUGACAAAAAAGACACGGAAGCAGAGGCAUGGAUGAAGAAAGCUAUAAGAUUACAGCCAAACUUCCGAAGUGCUUUGUUCAAUUUGGCCCUGCUUUAUUCUCAGACAGGAAAGGAAUUGAUGGCUUUGCCUGUCUUGGAAGACCUACUGAGAUACUACCCUGAUCAUACCAAAGGUCUGAUUUUGAAAGGAGAUAUCCUUAUGAACCAAAAGAAGGAUAUUGCUGGAGCAAAAAUGUGUUUUGAAAAAAUUUUGGAACUGGAUCCCAGCAAUGUACAAGGAAAACACAAUCUUUGUGUGGUUUAUUUUGAAGAAAAAGAUUUAAUAAAGGCAGAAAAAUGUCUGGUUGAAACACUAGCACUGGCACCUCAUGAAGAGUAUAUUCAGCGUCAUCUAAACAUAGUUAGAAGUAAAAUUGCAUCACUUGGUUCUAUGGAACAGUCAUCACUCCCAUCAGAUGGGACUGCAGCUACAGAAGCGAAAAAAAAGUCAUUUCAGAAUUUGAAAGAAGCAAAAAAUGAGAAGAAAACCACCCAAUCAACAGCUGAUAAUAAAGACCACUCAAAAAAUAAGAAACCAACAGAGAAAAGCAAUGUGGACAAAGAGACUCCAAAAAAAUCUGCAAAAGAAAUCAAAGACAUUGAGAAAAAGAGAGUUGCUGCAUUGAAAAGACUAGAAGAAAUUGAACGUAUAUUAAAUGGUGAAUAGUCUUUACCAUGUCACGAAAGAAUAAGGGGAAAAUGCUAUUUUAAUUAUUGUCUAAUUUGUAAGCCAACUGGAAAGUGUUCUCAGUGCUUUGAAAAUAGAAAUAAUGUUGACUGCAUAUCACUUACCAGGCAGCAAAAGGCAUUACAAUGCUCUUUGUGAGAAAACCACAACAUUUAAAUAUGAUGGAGGGAUGGGUGGGAAUUGAAGGAUAAAGGGUUGAGAAAAAUCUUCAAUGCAGAAUCCUUAAUAGUGAGAAAAUAGCACUCAUGAAAGUCGUUGGUAGUCAGGGAUAUUAAGUAAUGCUACUUUCAAAGACUCAGUGGAAGAACUGACAUUUUUCUAGACCACUACUGUACAAGAAAAACAGUUUUUCUUUGCAUUAUUUCUUUCCAGAACUUAAGAGAGUCAUCAGAAUGCCACUGGAUGUCAUAUAGGAGGAUGCAACAACACACUAAAAUUUUCAGUUGCAUUUUAAUUAUGGAAUGAUAUAUUAACUUUUAGGUGUUCUUUAUUUACAAUGCUAAUGGUUUGUACUCUUUUAUCUGGUAAGAAAUCUUACGGUGCUCUUAAGACCUUUAGACUGCUUUUUUAUUUUAAAGGAAAUGUAUGGGGCUUCUUCAACUGUCAAUCAUCUGAUUGUUUUCAAAAAUUAUAUUAAAAAGGGUGGUUUCUUCCCCAGUUCAUUGAAUGCUGAUAAAUGCACUUUGGUACAGUAACCAGUAUGCUAUGCAGUAGUCCAUUUUGUUGACUUCGUAUCAAUGCCUGUGGAUUGACUCCUUGGUGUAGUAAAUUCUUUCUUGUUUAUAGCAAUCUGGUUUUACUAUUUCUGUCAUUGCAACAGUGUUUCUAUUCUCAUGAUUUUUUGCAACACUAAUAUAAGCAAUGUUUGCUCAAGGCAGUGCGAUAAUAAUUAAACCACUGAAUUUAGUCAUGCUUGACAUGAG